AUGGCAGGCCUAGAAGAAGACCACGAGGAGGAGAUUGCAGAGGAGAAGAUCAUCAAUGAAGAAUACAAAACAUGGAAGAAGAAUGCGCCUUUUCUAUACGAUAUGAUCCUGAGCACCGCGCUAGAGUGGCCAACUCUGACAGCGCAAUGGCUCCCAGACAAGCAGGAGGACCCCGACAAGCCAUACUCCACACAUCGCCUUUUGCUAGGCACACACACAUCAAGCGAAGCACAAAACUACCUUCAAAUAGCUCAAGUGCAGCUACCAAACCCUAAGAAUCCAGAAGCUGAGGAUUAUGAUGAAGAGAGGGGUGAGAUUGGAGGCUAUGGGGGCUCCAAUAAGACGUCAAUGGAUGUGAAGUUUAAUAUCGUGCAGAAGAUUGAUCACAAGGGAGAAGUGAACAAGGCUCGGUACCAACCGCAGAAUCCUAAUAUUAUUGCAACGAUGUGUACCGAUGGACGGGUUAUGAUAUGGGACCGGUCGAAACACCCUAGCAUUCCUCAGGGCACAGUCAACCCACAGUUGGAGCUGUUAGGCCAUACCAGCGAAGGAUUUGGCUUAAGCUGGAACCCUCAUACUGCAGGAGAAGUGGCCACAGGAAGUGAAGACAAGACUGUCCGGUUAUGGGAUCUCAACACAUACACGAAGGGCAAUAAAGCAUUGAAACCCGUGAGAACAUAUACGCACCACUCCUCUAUUGUUAAUGAUGUCCAAUACCACCCACUCCACUCGUCUCUCGUCGGCACCGUCUCCGAUGACAUCACCCUCCAAAUUCUUGAUAUCCGUGAAUCAGACACUACACGGUCUGCUGCAUCUGCAAAGGGACAGCACAAAGAUGCCAUCAAUGCUGUGGCCUUCAAUCCCGCUGCCGAAACAGUAGUAGCUACUGGCUCAGCUGACAAGACCAUCGGUCUAUGGGACCUACGAAACCUCAAGUCAAAGCUUCAUGCGCUCGAGUGCCACCAGGACUCAGUAACCUCACUAUCGUGGCAUCCCUUCGAAGAGUCUGUGUUGGCGAGUGCAAGUUACGACAGACGGAUCAUGUUCUGGGAUCUCAGCCGCGCAGGUGAAGAACAGACCCAGGAAGACGCCCAAGACGGACCUCCAGAGCUAUUGUUCGUGCAUGGCGGACAUACAAACCGCAUAUCCGACUUCAGCUGGAACCUUAAUGACCCCUGGGUUCUUUGCUCAGCUGCUGAAGAUAACCUGCUACAAGUAUGGAAGGUCGCGGACGCGAUUGUCGGCAAGGAUAUGGAGGAUGUUCCCACCGAAGAGCUGGAGUCAUGA